AUGUCUAGCGAGACUCUACCAGCGAGUACAUACAGACUGCCCACGGAUGUCCUUCCAAAGCACUAUGAGGUCACUAUCCGCACUAACCUAGAGAGAGAGGUCUUCGAGGGGAUAAUUAUCGUACAUCUAAACAUCCUCGAGCCCACGAACACAAUUACUUUUAACGCGAACGAAAGCCUUUCUCUUUCAGUCGCAGCUCUCGCCCUAUCGUCUUCUGAUGGCUCCGUGCAGUCACUGAAACCCACCAACAAAGCCUAUGACUCCAAGACGGAACGUGUAUCAUACUCGUUUGCCGACACACUUGCUGCUGGUACAAACGCCACCCUUCGGGUAGGGUUUACUGGCGUUCUCGAAGGAGGAAUGACUGGAUACUACAAGAGUACCUGGGACAAGGGAAUAUAUUCUUUGACCCAGUUUGAGGCUACUUACGCUCGUAAAGCCAUUCCUUGCUGGGACGAACCCCUUCUCAAGGCGACGUUCGCGGUCACCAUGAUCUCUCAAACUGGAACUGUCAGCCUGUCAAACAUGCCCGCUAUUGAUACUUCCUCGUUUAUCGCUACCCCCGCGCUUGUGGACGAUUUCGAAAAGGCCCUCUACUCAGGUGUAGAAAGCGGAGAAUGGACCGUUACCCGAUUCGAAACAACUCCGCCUAUGUCAACAUAUCUCCUUGCCUAUGCCAACGGCCCCUUCAAGUACAUCGAAUCGUCAUAUACCAGCCCAUUGAGCGGCAAGGUUCGACCGCUGAGAGUGUAUACUACAGAAGACAAGAUUCACCAGGCGCAAUUUGCUCUGGAUGUGAAGAGGAGGGUUAUGCCGAUUUACGAAGAAGUGUUUGACGUGGAGUAUCCGCUGCCUAAGCUCGAUACAUUGGUAGCCAAUGAUUUUGACGCAGGUGCGAUGGAGAACUGGGGACUCAUCACCGGUAGGACUUCAGCCUUUCUCGUCGAUCCCAACGGUACGGGCAUCACCACGAAGAAACGGGUUGCUGGGAUUCAGAGUCAUGAAGUCGCGCAUAUGUGGUUCGGAAACAUCGCGACAAUGGAAUGGUGGAGCUAUCUCUGGCUGAACGAGGGCUUUGCUACAAUGAUGGGUCAAAAUAUCAUAAUCGAUAAGAUAUUCCCUGAGUGGAAGGUCGACUCCGAAUUUGUCACCAACCAGCUCAACAAAGCACUCAGGCUUGACGCCAAAUUAUCCUCGCACCCUGUCGAGGUCGAUUGUCCAGAUGCAAACAAGAUCGGUCAGAUCUUUGACAACUUGUCGUAUGCAAAGGGGGCCAGCGUACUUCGUAUGCUUUCAUACUACGUCGGCGAACCAAAAUUCCUCAAGGGUGUUUCCCUGUAUCUAAAGAGCCACCUAUACGGGAAUAGCACGACGGCUGAUCUGUGGGAAGGACUCAGCCAAGCCUCAGGCACCGAUAUAGGCAAAGUCAUGGAGAAUUGGAUCACAAAGAUCGGCUUCCCCGUGGUUACGGUCUCAGAGUCAGAGGACGGUACGAAGAUCAAAGUCAGACAAGAUAGGUUCCUUGAGGACGGGCCUGCUGAGCCAAAGGAUAACGAGACGAUAUGGACGAUCCCCCUGAGCUUGCUCAAGACCAAUGCCGAUGGGACGCUAACUAUUGACAGAAGCAUCAUCUUGAACACAAGAGAGGCAGAGUUCGACGUUGAUACCAGGAAGCCUUGGAAGUUGAAUGCGGAUUCGCCUGGAGUCUUCCGCGUACUCUACACCCCGCAACGGCUGUCAUUGAUCGCUCACGAGGCUGCAAAGACUAUCGGAUCUGCGUUCUCUCUCAAUGACAGGAUUGGAUUAGUGCAUGAUGCAAUGGCCUUUGCGAAGUCUGGUCACCUGAAGAUCAGUGCUGCCUUGGAAUUGGUCAACAUUUUAAGGAGCGAACGUGAAUUCUUGGUAUGGGACGGCAUUUCCCAGAAUCUUUCGAACGUCGUCGAUACGUGGUGGGAGAACACCGAUCUUGUGGAGGCCUUGAACGUUUUCCGAAGGGAGUUGUACGUCCCGCUAGUGAAGAAGCUCGGCUUUGAAUACUCCGACCAGGAUGAUGCCGAUACCAGUGAGCUGAGGACUAGAGCAAUUGAACAGGCUGCGCUGGCUAAGGAUCCUGGGACGAUACAGGAGCUACAGCAGCGUUUCGCGAGGUAUGCGGAGACCGAUGACGACCAUGCUAUCCCUGCUGACCUGCUGAAAAUCACAUUCCAAAUUGCGAUCCAAUACGGCGGUUCACAGGAGUACAACGCCGUUGCAAAGCUGUAUGACAAUCCGAAGACGCCGUCAGUUCAAGCGGCGGCUAUUCGCGCUCUAGGUGCAACGCAGGACAAAGAACUGAUAGACCGCACUUUUGAGAUCGCUAUGAAAGCUAGAGAUCAAGACGUGAUGUUCUUCCUCUUCGGUAUUGGACAAGGCAAUCCGAAGUUCAGGAGGGAAUUGAUGUGGUUCUUCGAGGAAAAUUAUCACAUCUUGGACAAGCGGUUCGAAGGCAACUUUACGAUGCGAUAUUUUGUUCAGGCUUCCUAUGAGAAUCUGUCUACGAAGCAAGAUGUCCAACAUAUCGAGGAGUUCUUCAAGGAUAAGGAUACAUCCAAGUAUAGUCAAGCUCUCGCACAAGCUCUCGACUCUAUCAAGGCUAGGGCUGCAUGGAUCGAGCGGUCCACGGAGGACCUAACGUCAUGGCUGAAUGGAGCGAAGUGAUCUGUAUAACCUUGGAAUCGUAGUACGAUGGAAGCCUCGCUGUGACAGUGAUCACCUUGUUUUACUUUGUCCCUAUUGCUCCGAAAAGUUUGGAAGAAAGGAAGAAUGUUUGGCCUCGAAGCGUAACGCUACUCUGAU